AACGAAAAAGCAAAGAAGAACAUUCUAGACCUUCUAGGUACACGUCAUUGAAAGAAAUACGUAUGGUGCGCAUAGUCGGGCGGACGAGUUCCGUACAUGUUUUCCCACGUCAUCUUAGUAGCCGGCAAUCGAUGGGACGAGUUGGUAAAUAGAAGCGACGGCCUACUGGCGGUAUCACUCUCACACUGAUAUUCGCCUGCCUUGCUCGUCUCCUCUACCUGUGUUAAGGCUUCUGCAUUCCCAGCCGUGUAAAUUUCUUGAUUAUCCAAACCUAUUGGUCCAGUAUUUAUUAGCCAAGAUUUUAAGUGGAUGAGGUUCCUGCUUAAUUUAACAAAUACAAGGGAAAAAUCAUUACCUGCAGGCUGCCUAGAACCAGGGCAUUCCUGUUCUCAUCUUCACCAAGUUACUGUGACUCCUAUCACAUUCUUUGUAGUAGCAAUCUCGGAAACGACCAAGCAAAUGGCCAAUUACAUCAAUUUUGACACCAUUGGAGAAAUCCAUGGAAGUGAGAAUUCAGACUUAGACAUUGUAAAUGUCACCUACUGCAAUGGACAAUUUUCUGUUCCACACUUGGAUAUAAAUGGAUGCUUCAUCUACCAUUCUUGGAAUGAUUUAUCAAGCAGUGGAUUGCAUUUUCGAGAUCACAUGCAAGGCAGCAGAGCACAGGAAGGGAAUGGCAUGUAUUCUGAAGGCUCAGCUUUUGAUGACAGAAAUGCAGCAAAGGAAGCCAAUUCUGAUAUAAAACUGUCAGACCAACAAGACAGUAAGCAGGAAGCAGAAGCCAAACUGAAGAUAAAAAAACCUACAGAUGGCAAAUAGUUAUCUAUAUAUAUAGAUAGAAGUCAUGUUUAGUAUUAUGGAUUUAAAUAGGCUUUACGACUAAUGGAACGUUUUCUGGACAUGUGGACAGAUUAAUCUAUAUAGCUUAGAAUGACACAGAGUUAUAGUUUUGCUAAGUGGCUCUGUGCUAGUUUUAUAGAAUCAGUAAAACAAGGAAAAUAUAUGUAUGUCAGAACACAGAGGAAAUUAAGUUAGGAAAAAAUAAAAUUAUAUAUUCAGAUUAAAAUAAAGUAGAAUAAAUGAACAUAGGUAGCUAAGACUAACAUAGUUUUGCAAAGUUUGUUUUGUAGAAUCAGUAAAACGAGUAAAUUAUACAUAUCUCAGACCACUGAUUGGUGAUAUAUGGUUAAGAAAAUUUUUUAUUUAUUUAUCACUGUUUUAUUAGUUUGAUCAUUCUACACAAAGGAAAAACUUUGUCUUUGGCAAGUCUCGUUCUGCUAAUAUAAAGAUUAUUCCUCAGAAGUUACAAAAAGGUGUUUUAACUAUUCAAAAUUUUCUGGUAGUAGUAGUAGUAGUAGUAGUAGGGUCUGGAGGAUUCAGGUACCUACAUACCAGUGAUCAUCAAAUGGUUGAUAUAAAACUCCAAAAUUUUGUGUGGGUGUGUGUUCCUGUCUUGAAAGAGUAACUGAGGAUGUAGUUUUCAAAAGAAAGUCUUUGUAUUUUUACUUCAUUUAUUAGAUCAGUAAUGGUCAUUGUCCAAAAGAUUUUUUUUAUUAGAUCAGUAAUGGUCAUUGUCCAAAAGAUUUUUUUUUUCCCAGCCAGUGAGGUCAUGACAUGUUCCAUAAAGCAUGAUCCUCAUACAUAAGUGGGCCUUCAAGAGAAAACAUUGAAAGUAAAACCAAAUUUUAUUUUAAGAGAAUGCAGAAGUAGGUAAAAAUAAAAACCGUAGUAAGUAGGUACUAAAGUUCCUUCUAGAAGGAAGUUCGCAUACUAAAUCUUGCCAUUAAAGAAAUAACAAAUAUAUACCGUAUAUACUCGUAUAUUGCAUAACACACGAUCUUGCAUAUCAUGCAACCCCCAACUUUGCUCCCUCAAAAAUUGCGUUUUAACCAUCGUACGAUAGUAAAAAAAAUUACCAUAGUUAUGGUACAAAUAACGUUAAUGAGAAUAUGACUGAUAUAGUUUUACAUUACAAGUAGUAGUCGACUUACUACCACAAUUGCUUACAAACAACCAGUCAUAAAUCGAUUUGGACGUAAGUCGGCCCAUGUUAAUUUACUGUAAGAAUAUUAUACUAGCGUAGCCUAGCCAACACUAGGGUAAUCAGUACCAUCUUUACAUGUAGGGUAGCCUAGCCUACACUACACAGCAUACUUUAUCCAUAUUUGGCAUACUAAUUAUUAAUUUCAGCUAAUUCUCUAGGUCCAAUGCACAUUGGCUGCUGCUGAUUCAGUACAAAGAGAAAUUGAAUAACAUUUAACAAGCUAGCCUCGCCUAUACGAUGAUGAUAUAUCGUGGUACAUAUAUCGAAUAUAUUCGAGUACAGUAGCCUAGCCUUCAGUAUACUGUAUACUACAUAUACAAUAUAACUUAGUAAUUUAUUAACAAAAGCCAAUUUUGGAGUUUCAAUGCACUGACUAUGACACAGUGGGGGGAGG